CUUUCCAUGUUUUCCGCAGGCUUUGGGGCUCAGAAGAUUCCAAAAAAGGAAAAAUGAAAUGGGACGAGGCACUUGAAAACUAAAAAAGAGAGGAAAAGAGAGGGAAGAAAAUGAGGUAAUAGAGAAGCAAUGGUGUAUUGGAGUGGCGCAGAUUGAGGAGUAGUGAGUAUAUAUGGGUGGUGUAGGAGGAACACUUGUGGAUGGCAUUCGUAGCUUCUUCCAUCGUUGCAAUUCUAUUAACUCUCACAUUCACCAUCACAAAAACAAAAAGAAGAACAAGAACAGCAACAACAACAAUAUUAACAACAUUGUCUUUGUGAGACAUUUGCGUGCCCAGUUGGCCAACGUUCCCACUCAGCAAACUCCUUCCUUUAACCUUCUCAAAGUCCCCAAACGCUCCCACUUCAAAUCUCCUUCCAUGGAUCGUAACAAAAAGGGUGCACUGGAGGUAGAGUUUUUUACUGAGUAUGGAGAGGCAAGUAGGUAUGAGAUCCACGAAGUGAUUGGAAAAGGGAGCUAUGGUGUUGUGUGUUCUGCCGUAGACACUCAUACUGGGGAAAAAGUUGCAAUUAAGAAAAUCAACGAUGUUUUUGAGCAUGUGUCAGAUGCCACACGGAUCCUAAGAGAAAUUAAACUCCUUCGUUUGCUCAGACAUCCUGAUGUAGUUAAAAUUAAGCAUAUAAUGCUUCCUCCCUCACGACGGGAGUUCAGGGAUGUCUAUGUUGUGUUUGAGUUGAUGGAGUCUGACCUUCAUCAAGUAAUUAGGGCAAAUGAUGAUCUUUCCCCCGAGCACUACCAAUUUUUCUUGUACCAACUUCUUCGAGGCCUCAAAUUUAUACAUGCAGCAAAUGUGUUUCAUCGUGACUUGAAGCCAAAAAAUAUUCUAGCUAAUGCUGAUUGCAAGCUAAAAUUAUGUGAUUUUGGACUUGCUCGAGUUUCAUUUAAUGAGGACCCAUCAGCUAUAUUCUGGACUGACUAUGUUGCAACUCGGUGGUAUCGUGCACCUGAACUAUGUGGUUCUUUUUUCUCAAAAUAUACCCCCGCAAUUGACAUUUGGAGCAUUGGAUGCAUAUUUGCAGAAAUGCUCAGUGGGAAGCCAUUGUUUCCUGGAAAAAAUGUAGUGCACCAAUUGGAUCUCAUAACCGACCUUCUUGGUACUCCUCCUGCUGAAACCAUUUCUAGGAUUCGGAAUGAGAAGGCUAGAAGGUACCUUGCUAGCAUGCCGAAAAAACAACCUAUUCCAUUCUCCAAAAAAUUUCCAAAUGCAGAUCCAUUAGGUCUUAAUUUGCUGGAGCGAUUACUUGCAUUUGAUCCUAAAGAUCGUCCAGCAGCUGAAGAGGCACUAAGAGAUCCUUAUUUCCAUGGUUUGUCAAAUGUGGACCGUGAACCGUCGUCCACUCAACCCAUUUCAAAGCUCGAGUUUGAGUUUGAGAGGAGAAAAUUGGCCAAAGAUGAUGUUAGAGAGUUGAUUUAUCGAGAGAUUUUAGAGUAUCAUCCUCGGAUGCUUGAAGAAUAUCUUCGUUGUGGAGAACAAACAAGCUUCAUGUAUCCAAGUGGGGUUGACCGGUUCAAGCGACAGUUUGCACAUCUUGAGGAGCAUUAUGGCAAAGGUGAACGAAGCACACCGUUGUUGAGGCACCACGCCUCCUUACCUAGAGAGCGAGUUCCUGCUCCCAAGGAUGAAAAUAAUCAAAACAAUGAUGUUGAAAAUCCAACUGGAGCAAAUCUUCAGAGUCCUCCAGGGUCUGAUGUGACAGAUUCUGGAAAUACAGAUGCACAAAAUGGACCCUCCAGGCCAAAGUGCAGCGCACGGAGCCUGUUGAAGAGUGCCAGCAUUAGUGGUUCAAAGAGUAUAGAUGUGAAACAAAGUAAAGUUUCAGAGGAGGAGCCACUUAGAGAGGUCAACAAUGAGAUUCUGGAUGAGUUGACACAGAAGGUUGCUUCCCUCCAUUCUUAGUUCAAACUUAAUUCAUGAUUUUGUUCUAACUUUCCUACGCUCCCUUCCAAAAGAGAGAAAAUGAGUGGUUGAAUAGAAGCUAACUGUAGGACUCUGUUGUAUUGAACUACCAUUUCGUAUUACCACUGCAAGUCAUGCAAGUAUUUAGUUGUGUAAAAGUACUCAUUAUUGCAGCACAAUGUAUUAUAGGGAUGGUGCCAAUUACCUUAGUUUCUUAUGAGAAUAUUAGCAGUAAUUGCUCUUGCUUUGCAUGACUUUGAAGGCGUCAAGUUCAUGCAUAUUAUCAAUAUUCUCAUCGUAGAUGCACAGGAUGCUUGAAACUGUUGUCAUGUGUAAUUAGGAAUGAUAGAGUUUAGAUAUGAUAUCAGUGCCCAUUUUUUAUAUUUGUUGUUCCUAAAUC